CUACAGGCUCUUAGCACACACUCUGGUGUCGAAACUCUCUUGAUUGCAGUUCAAACAAAUUUUAAAUUCUACAGCAAUCCACUCAUCUUUUACAGCAAUCAACGCCUUGUCGACUACCUCGAGAUGAUGAUGAAGACUUCAGUCAGAAACUAUGCAGUGAGAAUAGAAGGCUUCACGAUCUCUGACAUUGAAGGUAUGCUUUAUAUUCUAUAUGCCUAUCCUGUUCCAGUAUGUAUUACCAGUCCAUGUUGGUGCAUAUCCACUCAUGCCUGUUUAGACAAAGUUUUGCCAGUCCCAAUCAAAUGUAUGAUCUAUCAGAACUUCAAUGAGAACAUUACUGCUAAGUAUCACCACGCCAUCAUCAACUACCCACUGAAGAAGUUCUGUUACCCCAGUGAUGUUGGCUCAAAGAGCGAGCUGGAGCUUCUGCUCUGGGCUUGGGAAUCAGGUGUAACGUUUUAG